AUGAGUAUAUUUAUGGACUUAUCACUCAUCCGACCACAUGAAGGUGCUGAGCACCCGGUGCAUUAUGUUAGCAAAGCAUUACAAGAUGUUGAGGUUCGGUACCCAGAUAUUGAGAAACUAGCCUUCGCCCUGGUAGUUUUGGCUAGACGCCCGAGACCGUACUUCCAACAGCACACCAUCCAUGUCCUAACCAAUCAGCCACAAAGGCAGGGCCAGGCCGUUGCUGACUUCAUAUUAGAAUUCACGGAACCCUUAGCUUUGGCCUCUACCCAAAUCAUAACCGAACCCAAUCUUCCCUUGAGCCAAGUCCACAUCGCCAGCAACGGCACCCUCGACCUGACCCAGCCCUUGUGGACCUUAUAUGUGGAUGGCUCCUCCAAUGCUCAGGGAUGUGAGGCCGGCCUCAUCCUCAUCUCCCCAGACAAAGUUGUCCUUGAGUACGCCCUACACUUCAAAUUCCAUGCCUCCAACAAUGUGGCCGAAUAUGAAGCACUUUUAGCUGGCCUUUGGCUAGCCAAAGAGAUGGCUUACCUCCAGCAUACCCGCCACUUGCUUGCAACUUUCAAUGCUUAUCUCAUAAGCCAGGUGCCACGCUCUGAGAACAGCCAUGCUGAUGCUUUAGCUAGGCUAGCCUCUGUCUUGGAGCAGGGUAUAGGACGCAACAUCCACAUCGAGUUCAUAGAUCAGCCCAGCACACAGGCACCACUCAUCCGUACCAUUGAUCACAGCCCUAUGUGGAUGGACCCCAUCCUUCUGUUCUUGCAAAAUCAAAUACUACUUGCUGAUUCUGCUGAGGCACGACAGGAAAGUAAUUAUGUCCUUCGGGAGAUUCAUGAGGGCAUCUGUGACAACCACUCAGGUGCUCGCUCACUAAUACAUAAGGCCAUUCACCAAGGAUACUUUUGGCCAUCACUUCACACCGAUGCUUAUGCCUUCACCCAAAAGUGCGAUAAGUGCCAGCGGUUUACCAACACCCCACAACUCCCAGUUGAACCAUUGACAGCCAUGGUCAGUCCUUGGCCAUUCGCCCAAUGGGGACUUGACCUCAUUGGACCUAUGCCUGAGGACAAUGGUGAGGUCAAGUAUGUAGUUGUAGCUAUGGACUACUUCACCAAGUGGGCUGAAGCUGAAGCUGAAGCCUUAGCCACCAUCACAGACAGCGACUGGCAAUUUGACAAUGCAAAGUUCAAGCAAUUUUGUUCCAACCUCAAUAUACGACUUUGCUUCGCCUCUCCAGCCCAUCCUCAGUCUAAUGGCCAGGUCGAAACUAUGAACAAAAUCAUCAAGAAAACCCUAAAGACCAAGCUUGACAAAGCAAAGGGAGAAACAACAUUCUCUCUCUCCUUUGGUACCGAGGCCCUAGCACCAGUGGAGAUUGGCCAGUCCACAUACCAAACCUCCACUUAUGAUGUCGAGGCCAAUGACGAGCAGUUAGCCCUGAACCUCGACUUCAUUGACGAGUUCCGUGACAAAUCCAACAUGAGCAACGUCGCGUACAAACAACGUAUCGCCAAGUACUAUGACUCCUGA